AUGAACCAGGCCAUCAACAUCGCCAAGACCUCCGCCGAGUCCCUCGCCACGCACGAAAUCGUCCCCGACGUCAUCAAGUCCAGCUUCUCGCCCUGGGGCCUGCUGGCGGCCGAGUACGCCGCCGGGUCGCCCGUCGCCAUGGGCAACACGCUCACCAUCGACGAAACGCAGGCCAAGCCCAAAGUGCACUUCACGCUGGACCCGCAGUCGCAGUUUGAGAUCCGCGACUCGGACCUCUUCACGCUGGUGAUCACGGACCCCGACGCGCCCUCGCGCUCGGACCACAAGUGGUCCGAGUACUGCCACUACGUCGAGGCCGACAUCCGCAUGCCGUUCGCGUACUCGCGCGCGUCGUCGUCGGCGGUGCCGGACUUUGUGGCGUCGGAGCUGGCCGGCGGUCACGUGCUCGCCGACUACGUCGGCCCCGCGCCGCCCAAGGGCACGGGCAAGCACCGCUACGUGCUGCUGCUGUACAAGCAGUCCGGGCCCGCGUCGCAGCUCUCCAAGAUCGCCGACCGGCCCAACUGGGGCUACGGCGCGCCCGCCACGGGCGCGCACCGGUGGGCCGCCGAGAACGGGCUGGAACUCGUGGCGGCGAACUUCUUUUACGCGGAGAACAAGUGA